AUGGAUGUGGAUGCGGAAGGAGAGGACGAUAACGAGGAGGAUGGCGGAAGUAUUAAAGAGAUGGUGAAGGUGACGAGGGGUAGAAAACGGAAACAAGGCCCGCGUGCAUCUACAUCUACAUCGAACACCAAGGCCGCAGGACGGGCAGUUAACAAAAAGCGCUGUGUCACAGUCAGUGUCAUGGAGAAGCGGAUUAUCCCUAGUUAA